AUGAUCGCCGGCGUGGAGGUCAGCGGAGAGCGGCAACCCUCCGACAUGCAGCUGGCCGGGCGGUUGGCUCUUUCGGCCGCCGCACUGCUCUUGCUGACUUUGGCGUACAGGUAUUAUAAGUCUCGGGCGUCCGCCAGCAGCACCCGGGGAGGUGCAUGUGGAAGAGCUGGUGUUGGCCAGGACGCAGGGCAAAAAGAGCCCCUGGCUUGCGGCGGGACGGAGAGGGAGGACACGUCGGCGGAACUGAGGCACAGAAACGUCAAAAAGAAGGGGACCGAGCUGAAUGGCAGAGCAUCCGACCCACCUGUGCAGGUGAGUGGGCCUGCCGCGGCGGGGGUGUCUGGACUGCAAGGCACGCCUGUUGGCAGAGAGCGGAAGGAGAGGAAGGAGGAGGAGGUGAAAGAGGAGGAACAGAAGAAGGAGGCAUUGAAUCACCUAGGGAUUGGAUUGCGGUCUGACGGUCAAGGCUUGGCACCCGCGGAGAAGGGGGAAGAAACUUCUCAAGCUGUCCUCGGUGACGGAGACAGCGUGAGGGCCACAGGUGGCACUGCUGCAGCAGGGUCAGGGAGUAGGCCGUCUUCUCCAGGCCUGCUCAGCCAAGGAGAGGACUGCUGCAGUUCCAACGGUGACCAUGAGGGGGCGAGCUGGGAUGCCGAGUGUGGCAGAGCUGAAUUUCGCCUUGCUGCCCAGGACCAGCAAGCAAGGAGAGGCCGUCGCCCUGGAAGCGACAACGGAUUUGCCUUAGAAAGGAGGGAAAGCAGGCCGCCAGGGGAAGACGACACGAGUGGAUGUUUAGCCCAGAGGCAAGGAACCCAGGUUGGGCAAGAGAAGACCCAGUCAUUCCACGCCACGUCCAACGUGGGCGUGCUGAUGAGCCAAAGCAACAGGCAAUCCUAUGCCACGUGCACGUUCUCCUCCGUCGCCAAAGUUCAGGUGGAGGAGAAGUUGCUUCAAGAGAGGGGUUCUAAGGACGGACAACCCGAUUCCCUGGGGACCAACCUCAGAGGCAAAGUCUACGACUACUACGUUCAAUCCAUCUCCCAGUCAGUCAUGAAGGAAAACCCCUCCUAUGCCAGCCCACCUACCCAACUGUCCUACAACCUAUCCGCAAUUGGGAUGCCCGGUGACGACUCUGAAGAGCAGCUGGAUCAAGAGCCAUCAGCCACAGAAAUGGAAGAAAACCAAACAGCCCCCACGGAGGUCCCAGCUCCAUCUUCGGAAGCUCUCCUUAGCCCUACGCAGGACGAUGCAAAACCUGUGCAAAUGCAAGACCAGAACCAGGCUGGUACUGGAGGAAAUCAGGCCCAGAAGCCACCGGGAGCACGCUUUGGCUUCACCCGGAAAGAGAGCUUCCACAAAAUCGUUGAAAACCCGGAGCUUCAGAUGCCGAUGGAAGGAUUCGCUUCUCCGGCAUCCGGAUCGGCAAGCAGAGACACUCCUGGUCUCAGCCCCCUCCGUUCCAGCUCCGUCUCUUCAUUGGUGGUAUCUCUGCAGAGCCGCCCGAGUGACGCCAGCAAGGAACCCACGGUGGAGCUAGUGGCCGGGGCCAAAUUCUUCCACAUCCCACUGAGCCCGGCAUCAUCCAUUGACGUCCGCCUGGAUCUGGGGAACUGCUACGAGGCCUUGUGCACGGCCAAGAAGCAGAAGCUGGACAGCCUCCGCGAGGCGGCCUACAAGGUCAUGAGCGACAACUACCUCCAGGUGCUCAAGACCCAUGCCAUCUACGGCCGCCUCAACGCCAUGGAGAGGGACCUGAUCCUGCAGAGGAGGAUGCGGGGGAGGAAGUAUGUGACUGUGGCGGAUGUCAGCUCGCAGGCUCACACCCCUCCUGCAAACCAGCUCUGUUAUUACGACGACCAAAAGGAUACUUGGCACCCGUUGACGCAUCUGCCCCUCGAAGCUGCCUCCAGGGGUUCAGCCAUGUGCAGCAUGUUUAAUUACCUCUUUGUGGUGGCCGGGUGUGCCGGGCGAGGGAAGGACCAGAGAGCUUCCAACCGGGUCUUCUGCUACAACCCCUUGACCAACAUCUGGCAGGAGAUCCGUCCGUUGAACCAAGCCAGACCCCACUGUAAGUUGGUCGCCUUGGAUGGCUACCUCUACGCCAUCGGCGGGGAGUGCCUGUACACCGUCGAACGCUAUGACCCGCGGCUGGACCGCUGGACCUUUGCUGCCCCUCUACCCAACGACACCUUUGCCGUGGCCCACACCGCCACCGCGUGUGACGGGGAGAUCUACGUUACGGGGGGCACCUUGCGCUACAUCCUGAUGAGGUACGUCGCCCGGUCGGACACCUGGAAGGUCAGCCUCACCGGAGGAAGCAAAGACAGGACAACCGAGAUGGUGACCACCAACGGUUUCAUCUACCGCUUCGACUUGAACCGGAGCAUGGGCAUCAGCGUUUAUCGCUGUAGUGCCCGGGCCAAGCUUUGGUACGAAUGUGCCACCCACCCCCUCCCUUUCCCAGCGUGCUUCCAAUGCGCCGUGGUGGACAAUCUCAUCUAUUGCAUCAGCCGGCAGUUCAACUUCCGCUUCCUAGCGGACCACAUCUCGCCACGAUUCGGGUCCAAGGAGCUACAAAACUUCCCUUCCCCGAGAGGGACCCUUUUCCCCAUUACCCUCAUCCUCCCCAACCGGGAGGCGGUGCAGACGAGGGUCUGA